AUGAGAAUAGAAGAGCUGCAAAGUAGUCUAGAGGCGCAAGAGUUGCGUCUGACUGAAAGAACUUCUGAGAGGGAAGUUGAGCAGGCUCUGAAGGCUUCUUUUGUCAAGAAGGACCAGAAGCUGAAAAAACAUGGUAGGUCGCAGAAGUCAGAAGUCUUCUAUUCUGAUGAGGAGAAACAUCAGAAGGGAAAGGAGAAGUAUGACAAGAGAAUGGUUCAGUGUUACUGUUGUAAUAGGUUUGGCCACUUUGCUAAAGAUUGUUGGUCAAACAAAGAAGAAGCAAAAAUAGCCAGAGGAGAUUCUGAUGGUGAACCUGUGCUAUUAAUGGCUUAUGAAUCUGAUGAGGAACCUGUGAAUUCUGAAGAAGAGUCAGAAUCUGAGGUUUCUGAAGAUGAGUCAGAGUUAGAAGAUGACUCUGAAGCUGAAGACAAGUCAGAAUCCGAAGGUGAUUCUGAGUCUGAAGGAGAAUCAGAAGAUGAGUCAGAAUCUGAAGAUUCUGCUUCUGAUGAUGAGUCAGAACUUGAAAGUGGAACUUCUGAAGGCGGAGCUUCUGAAGGUAGUCCAGCUUCUGACGGUGGUCAUGAUUCUGAAAGAAAAGAUUAUGAAGUUGGAACUUCUGAAGGCAGAGCUUCUGAAGGCGAUCCAACUUCUAAAGGUGGAUCUUCUGGUGGUAAUCAAACUUCUGAAGAAAAUCCAGAAGGAGAUAUGGUUCUAGAAUCAGAAGGAGAUUCUGAACUAUUGGAAGUUGCACACUGUAGCAAUCAAAAGAAACUUGCAGAUGUUAUGAUGAAGGAUGUCAAGACUGAACACCUUAUCCGUUUGAGGGAUGGAGUUGGUGUUGUAGAUUUUGGCUAG